AUUUGACCUGGGAAUGUUGCAGGGGGAUUGCAGUGAGGAGGGGGGACUUCCCUUGAAGGAAGCUACCUGAGCUGUAACCUGAGCCAGGAACGGGGGUGGGGAGAAUUAACACCUUCUGCCCGGGAGACUGAACAAAGGAGAGGAGGAGCUGGGGGCAGGGAGAAGAGAGGAGCUGCAGGAGGAGUUUUGGUUUGGUUUCAGUUUGGGCUGGGUGGUGCAACGCAGGGAACCCCAAGCUGGGGUCUAAGCUCCCUGAACCUCCCAGAGGGACCUAAUUGAGGGGGUCUGGUCGGACCUACACGCUCUGCUUGAGACUGUGUUCCUGUCCUUAAAUAAACCUUCUGCUUUACUGGCUGGCUGAGAGUCACAGUGAAUCUCAGGAAGAGGGGUGCAAGGCCCUGACUCCCCCACACUCCGCGACAACUGGGCCUGGAGCUGGUUCCCAAGAACUUCCCUUUGGACUCCAGUUUAUAUAGUGACACUUGAGUCCUGCUUAGCUGCACCUUAACCAAUCAUUUUACUAAAUGAUUACUAACCAAUUCUCUAACCAAUCCUAACAUAUUGUCAAACAAUCCUUUACCCAAUCCUACCCCACCACCUUCAUUGAUUUACACCUAGCAAAAUCAGUUAUGUAACCGAAACAAUCAAAACCAGACAGAUAAACCGUAGAGCAGUGGGGACCAUAAAGUCACAGCAAUACAAGUCAAGAUUUCACGCCCACAACUGCUGCUAAGUGAUUUCUUGCCAGACAGAUUCAAUCGAACAAGGUUUUCUUUAGCCACUGAAGCGGUUUCUCUCUCUGGUGGUGGUGGGUGCUGUUAGGACGGGAUCGCUUUCCACAGCCCGAUGUGACAUUGGUUUAAUGCACGUUAGAUGGGAUGUGAAUGAUUCUUAGCUCAUGGUGCUGCUGUCCUAAUGUGGCUGCAGAAAAAGGCCUCAGACCUCACAGCUCUGGCUGUCCGUCCAUCUGCUCUUUUGUCAGACUCCCAGAUGAGCCCAGCUGUGGCAGUGGGCAGCCCUGCCCCCCUUGGAGCACCUGCGUGUCCUGGGCUGGGCACUUCUCCUGCCGCUGCGCCCUGGGCUUCCAUUUCAACCAGACCAUGGGCUGUGUGCCAGGAUGUUCCCAGGACGCCUCUCCCUGCGGGCCCCCGCCCCGGCACCACCGAGCCCUCUGCCACCUGCCGACCUGCGCAGGAUCAUUGCCCAGCUGGAGAGCCUGCUGGCGAGCCAGGGCUGGGGGGGCCCUCACACCAGCCCCUCACCCAGCGCUUUGUCUGCCCCCAGUUCCAGCCUGUCCUGGGGCAACUGGAUGCCUAUCUGUCCUCGUCGGUCCUGGACCUGCAGCCGCACAGCCAGGCAGUGACCAUCCUGCACAGCUUCUCGGCGCUCUCGUCCGUCACGGCCCAGCAGGUGGACGAGGCCAUCGUGGGGUUCUGGGUGCAGUGCCAGGCCAGCGACCCGGCCUGCAGCUUCCUGCGGGACACCGUCUCCUACCAGAGCCUGAGUCUCUGUGAGCUGCAGCCCUGCGACCCCGUCUCGACAUCCUGCGUGUUCCAGGACGGGCUGGCCCAGUGCCCCUGCCGGCCGGGAUACCGCCCCGCCCUCGCCAUGGGCCGUGCCUGUGCAGCCUGUGGCAGCGGGUUCUGGCUGCGGGAUGGCGUCUGCGCCAGGUGCCCGUUUGGCUUUGGUGGAUUCCAGUGUGAGGAGCCCUUCCUGCUGGCGCUGGUCGGGGUGUCCUGCGCUGGGGGGGUCCUGCUGCUGCUGCUGCUCGCGGCGCUGCUGCUCCUGGGGCGAGCCAAGGCCCUGGCGCAGCGCCCCAGCCUGGCAGAGCCGGUCGUGCCGCCCUUCCAGCCCCAGCAGCUGAGCCUGCCCCGCGUGCGCCCCCCACGGCCCCUGGAGGAGGUGGAGAUCCGGGAGCUCGGCCAUGGGGACAGGCUGGGACCUGGGCGGGUGCUGGCCGCCGGGCCCCGCAUGAAGACAUUCCAGGGCUCCCAGAGCUCGCCCGGCUUGGCCCCCCGGCCAGGGGGUGGCCAGAGCAACCUGGUGUUUGUCAGCGACGAGGAGUGGGGCCGGCGGAAGUGCUGAGGGGCGGGUGGGGGCACUGCCCCGUGCCCAGCCCCGUGUCCAGCCCGGGAGGAGACCGCGCCAUUCGAUCACAGACCCUCAGCACCACCCUGAGCUGGGAGGGGCUGCCACACGGGUGUGCUGAUUGGCUGGCACGGUGUGAUGUAAUGGGGGGGUGUCCCAGCCUGUGGUGGGGGUAGGCCCCACAAAGUGUCCCAGCCCCUUGGCUGCCAUGGCCGGAGCUUGGGGGGAUGGGGCUGUGGGCUGGGCCCCCCGCCCCAGCGUGGGGCACCCUGCGGGGGACUGGUGGGGAUGGGGCUGUGGGCUGGGCCCCUCCACUCUGCUGGGGCAUGCAGGGGGUUCUGAAUUUUUUUUUUUUUAAUUUCUUAAUAAAUGGAGUGGAAGCUG